UCGGAUUUGGCUUUCACCCCAAACCCUAACCGCCCAACCCGAUUAAUCCGAAAAUUAGGUUUCAUUGAAUUACUGGUCUCACCUUCGAUUCAGUGAGUCUCGGGUCGGGAGGGGGUUCUCUGAUGCACAUUCUGAGUUACGGUUGCGUAUUGCUCUUCCAGUUUUCCGUCGGCGGCCAUGGACGACGCGUUCAAGGAGGAGAUAGAAAUCGGGAGCUCGGUGGAGUCGUUAAUGGAGCUGUUGAAUUCGCAGAAGGAGCUUUUCCAUAGCCAGAUCGAUCAGCUCCAAGAUGUCGUCGUUACGCAAUGCAAACUCACCGGCGUUAACCCUCUCGCUCAGGAAAUGGCUGCUGGUGCUUUGUCCAUUCAAAUUGGAAAGCGGCCAAGAGACUUGUUGAAUCCUAAGGCUGUUAAGUAUAUGCAAUCCCUUUUUGCAAUUAAAGAUUCUAUUAGUAAGAAGGAAUCUCGGGAGAUAAGUGCUCUAUUUGGCAUCUCAGUCGCUCAGGUUCGAGAUUUUGUUGUUACUCAAAAGAUAAAAGUAAGGAAACAGGUUAGGCUUUCAAAGGAGAAGGUGAUGAUGUCCAGUACCCAUGCUAUACAAGGUGAUGGUGUUCCGGAACAGAAUAAUGCAGUACCUCAUGCUGAUCCCGUUCCAUUGAACUCUAUGGAUCCGGAGCCAUCUUCCAUAAGUUGGGGUGAACCUGAAAACGUGGCACUUAUGCCAAAGGAGGAAGUACAACAGGAGGAUAUUCCACCUGAUAUCAGUGAUUCAGACAAAUACUUUGUCGAUAAUAUAUUUUCGAUGUUGCGCAAAGAAGAGACAUUUUCAGGACAGGUGAAAUUAAUGGAGUGGAUCAUGCAGAUACAAGAUUCUUCUGUGCUGAUCUGGUUUUUAUCGAAAGGAGGGGUUUUGAUUCUUACAACAUGGUUGAGUCAAGCUGCUACUGAAGAGCAAACAAGUGUCUUACUACUUAUCCUGAAGGUUCUUUGUCAUCUGCCUCUCCACAAGGCAUCUCCGGAAAAUAUGUCAGCCAUAUUGCAAAGCGUCAAUGGGCUUCGUUUCUAUAGGACAUCAGACAUAUCAAACAGGGCAAAAGGUUUGUUAUCAAGGUGGACAAAGUUAUUUGCGAAAAUACAAGCUAUGAAGAAACAAAAUCGUAACAUCUCGCAAAUUGAUUCGCAGAGUCAAUUGCUUCUGAAACAGAGUAUCGCUGAAAUCAUGGGUGAUAAAACCAAUCCUGAAGAUAUUCUUAGUCUCUCAAAUGGAAGGUCAGACAACGGCAGGAGGUUGAAAUCGUUACAGGGUCCAAAAUUGUUGCUUACUUCUGCAGAUGAUUCUACCAGGAAACACAUGCUUGGUUCUACUCCAUCAUAUAACAAAGAACGCAGGAAAGUUCAGAUGGUGGAGCAACCAGGCCAAAAAGCUGCUGGAAGGGGUCCUCAGACAGUUAGAAUAGGAACAUCAGGUCGAAGCCGCCCUAUGUCUGCUGAUGAUAUUCAGAAAGCGAAGAUGCGUGCUCAAUAUAUGAAUAGCAAGAAUAUUAAAAAGGAUACAUUACCAAGUGCCAUUGGUGAUACGAGAACCGUUGUUCCUGAAAAUCCCUUGGCUAUUCAGUCAGUCAGGGAUUCUCCACCUAGUCAGGAAAAUGAAGCUAAGACUGAAGAAAACACACCUGAACCUUCUACUGUGCAGUUUCCACCUAGUCAGAACAAUGAAGCUAAGACUGAAGACACACCUGAACCUUCUGCUGUACAGCAGCCUGUCACUGUAAAUGUCCCGGUUCAGACUGUGAGUUCACCGGCUGUAAAUGUUCCAGUACAAGCUGAUGAAUUUAGAAAUAGAAAACUUUCAACACCUCCUAAAAGUAUUUCUAGUAAGGUCGGAGUUAUGUUAAGAAUGAGCCCACAUACUAUUCUAAAGAAUUGCAAGAGAAAACAGAUUGAAUGGCAUGUACCACCAGGAAUGGUACUUGACGAACUCUGGAGAGUAGCUGCUGGUGCUAAUAGCAAGGAGGCUGAUGUUCAGAAAAACCGAAACCGUCGAGAAAAAGAAACAACAUAUCAAUCUCUGCAAACAAUACCGCUGAAUCCUAAAGAACCAUGGGACAGGGAAAUGGACUUUGAUGACAGUUUGACACCUGAAAUUCCUUCUCAACAGCCACAAGAAGAAAGUAUAACAGAACAACAGGAUUCACUUGAUGAACGGAGAACUGCUGCUGGUGCUGCCUCAACCUCUUCAUCUCAAAGUGGCUCCGUUGAACCUGAUUAUGAGUUAUUAGCCGCCUUACUUAAGAACCCGGAUCUUCUAUACGCGCUGACUUCUGGUAAUCCCGGUAAUUUAGCGGGGAAAGAUAUGGUAAAACUGCUUGAUGUGAUUAAAACUGGUGCACCAAAUUUAAGCAGUAGCUCAAAUAAGAAGGUUGAAGAAAAUGUUGAAGUUUCCCUUCCAUCUCCCACUCCAUCAACCAAUCCUGGAAUGAGCGGGUGGGGACAAGAAGUGACUCGGAAUCCAUUUUCAAGGCAAACCCAAGUUGGAGCCUCAGUUGCUAGAAUGAGUACUCAGCUUCCUGUUGCUGCGUCUAUGCAAUGGCAAUCAUCAAACGGACAAUCGAUCCCUCAACAUACUCCAUCAGCAUAUAACUCAUUCACAUUGCCUCACACAGAGAGACAGCAACAACCUAUGCAAACAAGACUUCAUCAGAGUCAACAUCUUCAACAACAACCAAUCUCGAUGGUCAGCGAAUCAGUAGGACAGAUGGACAUAGGUACAUCGGCUUCAUGGAGGUCCCAGCAGAGUCAGAAUAGUUACUACUCACAUCAAGCAAACGGGAUUGGGUCGGCUGCUUCUUACCAAGGGAAUGAGCAGUACAUGAGUAGUAGUAAUCCAGGAUAUGAAUCAUGGAGUCCUGAUCAUAGCCCAAGUAGAAACCACCCUAACAUGAGGGGACAACAACCAUCGAGGAAACAUGACCCGUACUUGAACCAAAAUAAAAGAUGGCGUUAAAACAUACAUGAGACUCUUGUUUCUUUUGAUACCAGAUACUUGUUUUUAACUGUUCCAUUAGCAUCUUGUUGUCAUGAGAGACACAUGUGCUCUCACAAAAGAUUCAUAAGAGAUGACAAACCAAAAUAUUCCGUGA